UUUAAUUAAACCAGCAAUUAGUUUAAAAAUCAGAAAGAAGGAGAUAACUCCGGUUUCUUGGUUCGGUUAAGUAAAACCAAUAAUUAAAUAACCCGCGCGUGAAUCUCAAUAAACUCUUCUUCUUCUUCUUCUUCUUCUUCUUCUUGUUUCGUUUUUGUGGUCAAAGACUCGAAAGAUUGUUUUUGCAACUCAGAUUUGGGAGAGAAGCAAGAAAAGAUGGGAGCUUUAGGGAAGCUGAUCAACAUCUCUCUGUUUUUCUUCUUCGCACUGAUGGCUAUCAAUGUACCGCUUCUCAACGGCCAAAUUCUUUUUCCUGAAAUCUACCCGAAACUCCUCACCGAUCUGAAAGACUGGUACAGCUCUGAGUUCAACGAUUACCUCUUCACAGAGAAGCCGCUAUUCUUCGUCGGACUCGUCUGGCAUGAGAUCAUAUUCCUGUUGCCUCUCUCCAUUGUUAACAUCUACGCCAUUCUUACCAGCAAGUCGUGGUUUGGUACCACUUCUUUGUUGUAUGGAGCUUCUUUCCUCACUUCCAUGGCUGCUAUACUUGGAGACAUGAUAGGUUCAGGGAAGGUAACUAACAAAUUGUUAUUGGCGUAUUUGCCUUUCGUGGGUCUUGCGAUUCUGGCAAUGCUUCGUGGUCUGGUUUUUUGUUCGACCAAGAGAUCCACUGUUUUGGCUAGGAGAAAGCUUGCUUGAGGAUAAACCAGGGUGAUUUCUCAUUUCAUAACUUUUUUUUAUCACAUGGUAUUUGAUGAUCCAUGUGAAAACAUUAUGCCUUGAGAGAUUUUGUUUAAGUUAACUCAGCAACAAUGAUAUGUUUUCCUUGGUUGAACUUAACCUAAACAUAAUCAAAAGGCUAAAUGCAAUGACCCUUUUGAGA